UCUCCUCUUUAUUCUGUGCCAUUACUAGGUGCCAACUCAAGCCGAGCCGAUCAUAACAGAAGGAGUCGACCGUGGCUGCCGCUGUGCAGCAGACGCUUAAAAUCACUUAAAAAAGUUCCUUCUUCGUUGUUAUAUGACCCCCUUAUUCUAUGAUGUUAAGGCUGAAAUCUUUACGUGAACCACUGCGUAAAGUUUUUGAAGUAUCACUUGCCCUAUGUGUAAACGAAGUUUAAACUGUUACCGUGUGUUUUUCUCGCGCAUGUGCUUGAAGCAACAUGUGGCCAGAUUUUCCACGUCUUCACUGUGACAUCGACAUUUACCUCUCGAACUUCGGAGAUCCAACCGAGCGCUGGCAGGAAGCCAUUCGCAGAUGCAACUUCAUUCAUUCUGUGCAGCUGGUGCUUCCAGAGCUGUCUCGAAUCCCAGAGGAUGUGCAGUCUUUAAUGGCCGCUCAAAAUUACCAUGUUGUCCGUAACAUCCAUGCCAAGGAACUUGUGGCCUGGGACUUGGUGAAAACUUUUGUGAGGCAAGGAAAGCUGCACUUGUUGUCAAUCAACACAAAUGUUUCAUAUGGGAAUUGUGUGGCUGUCACAGCUGAUGGUGAACUUCACUUGUCACUGCAGGAAGAGGUCUUUCGUGUUUCAGGACUUGAAGGUUCUCGUUUUGCAGGCAGUUCUAAAGGGCAUUGUGUUUUUGGUUCAGUGAUAGACCUGCAGAAGCAGUGUUUCCACCCAGAAAAGAACAAUUACAAGCGAACGCUGCAUUCCCUGGACCGGUGUGGCGAUCUUGUAGCCCAAGAUGUGGCUAUCGUCUGGGAGCCCUUGCCAGAGCAUGCAAGCUUGUCACCUUCCUCUGCUGCAAGGUAUUUCAGCCAGUGUGGCCACACUGUCAUUGCCUGCAAACCGAGCUACUCUUCCACAACACAGUUCUGUCAGGUUGUGCCUACUGCAGUGACAACAUUGGAAUAUAUGGGAGAAGAUGCAUAUCUCCCAGUCUAUGAGUGGCUUGGAGCCAUUGCCUGUGGAGUCGAUUCAAGGGAUAAUAAGGAUGCAAGGGAGCAGUUUCUUAGCAGCCACCACUUGCCUGGUCCAAGCACAGAGGUGUCCCGGCUCUUUGUGGCCAACUGGAAAGGUUUCUUUACUCCAACAUGUGCCAUAAGGCUCCUUUUAUUACUCAGACAGUGCAUGGCUCAGGAAGACCUACCAUUUUUUGGCCUUGUACUGCAUAGGUUUGAUGAUGAUCCAACUCAACCAUUAAGUAAACACCAGAGUUUACUGCUAAGCCGUGCUUCAGAACUCAGUAUCAUCUGUACACCAAAUGGACGCUAUUGUCUUCUCCAUUCUCCCAAGUGACCAUACAAAAAAUGAAAUUUGUGCCCUGUCAUCACAAGAAGACUGUUGAGUGGUUUCUUUCCUUUUCACCUUGCAGAUUGCUUUUAGCCCAAGCAGAACCAUGCAAAAUCUACAUGGAACUACAUUGCUUGGACAUCUGUAGUGGUCUGUCUUAUGAUUCUGUGGUAUUUAACUGACACACUGAAAUUUAAUUAGUUUUGAAACAGCAGGCUAAUAAAUAAAGACAGUUUUCACUGCG